GAGAGUGAACGCGUGUGCAUAGCUUCGGAGAGAAGCGCAUGGCUUGGGGGAGAGAAGUAUGCACGCAGUCGAACAGCGCCUGUUGAGUGUGGGACGUCUACCAAUCUUCGUCUACUACAAUACCGUCUCUCCCCUCCUCAAGACAAGAUCCUAUAGGCUCGGUGUGGAAGGGCCUUUAUGCAUUAAAACCAAUAAUGUGAGAACCCGAUGCAGACCUCGUGUCAUGGACGUUUAAUUGUAACAACAGCUCCAUUUGAUUUGUGUAGUACAUUUUCUUAACCGGCGGUGAAAUCAUCGAUUCACACUAACCUACUGAUACCUGGAUUGAGAUGCGGCAAUGUUCCGAGCAAUAUGCACACGUGUAAACUUCUGCUGGAUUUGGCUGGCUGUUCUGUUUCUGCUGAAAGUAGAGGAUGUUGGCGCGUACAGCUGUCAUGAGGUGAAGACCGCUUUCCAGGUGCGACAGAUCGGUCCGCUGAAGUGGGUACCGGAGACACCUGGAACAGAUGUGGACCUGUUGGUGUGUAAGCACCAGGGCCCGUCCUGCUGCACCCGCAAGAUGGAGGAGAGCUACCAGGAGGCGGUGAGACGAGAGACCCUCCAGAAUGUCCGCUCCUACAGCUUCGAGCUGAAGUACCUCAUCUCCGGCCACGCCAUUGCCUUCCAGGACACCUUCCAGUACCUGCUCUCCUUCUCCCAGGGCCACCUAUCCUCCCUGCUAGAGGACACAUACUCGCCCCUCUCCCGGGAGGCCCUCCCCCAUGUCAACGCCCUGUUCUCCUCCCUCUCCCUCUACAUCCGCGGACACAACCUCUCCCUCGAAGCUGCCGUGGCCCGUUUCCACGACAACCUCUUCCCGCUCGUCUACGGGCGCCUGGUCAACCCGGGCGUGGGCGUCCAGGGUGGUUUGUCCGGCGAGCGGGGCGAGUGUCUCCGCGCCACACGGCAGGACGUCAACCCAUUCGGCCCUCACCCCGAAAUGCUCGCUCAGGAAUUGGGGCGCACCCUGGGCGCCGGGCGAGCCUUAUCCCUGGCCCUCGCCGAGGGCACCGAGGUCAUGAACGCCACCGAACACGUUUCCUUCACCAAAGAGUGUUUACGUGGCUUGACCAAGAUGCAGUACUGCUCGCACUGCCGUGGGCUGACGCUGAUCAAGCCGUGCGUGGGCUACUGCCUGAACGUGAUGCGCGGGUGCUUGGCGAGCGUGGCCGAGCUGGACGGGCCGUGGCGGCGGUAUGUGGUGGCUCUGGAGGAGCUGACCAAUGCUGUGGCCGGACAACACAGCCUGGAACUGGCCCUGCUUGGAGUCAGGGGGCGCGUGAAUGAGGCCAUACUACACGCUCAGCUCCAUGGGCCCACGCUGACCGCUACGGUGGACAAAGUGUGUGGUCGGUCAGCCAAGGAGCCCCGCACCAGCGUCCACCCUGACCCCGCCCCGGAGGUCACAACCUCCUCGGUGACAUCAUCGACCGUCCCUCCCUCCGACCCCCCCUCCAUCCCCCCACCAGAACAGCUGAUGGGACAACUUGCCCACCUGAGGAGUUCAUUCCCCCUGAAACCCUCCAAGAACGAUAAACCUAGAAGUCUGAAAAAGAUCUCUAGGGAGUUUCUGAGCUACAUCCAGCGCUAUAAGUCAUUCUUUGCCGUGCUUCCAGAGAUGCUGUGUGAGGGAGAGAUGGUGGUGGACGACUUUACCUGCUGGAGCGGAGACGACGUGGUGGAGAGUUAUACAGGCAGAGUGGUGGGGAACGGUCUUCAGGCCCAGAAGCAGAACCCCGAGGUCAAAGUUCGCAGCCCAAACCCCGAACUGGCCGAGGUGAAGGAGAGGCUGGAGCGCUUCAACCAGGAGAUUCAGGACAUGCUGCCAGGGCUGGGCCAGAGCGAGUCCUGGGGGGAGCUGGGUAGUGGCGACACAGAGGAUGGCAGCGGAGACUGUGACGAUGAAGACGGGUGUCAAGGGUCUGGAACGGGGAUGGUCAGGAGCUCCCCUGAUGGUCGACCAGAGGUUUCCAGCGACAAACCCGUAGGAAGUAACCCUGGUGGUCGUGCUCCCCCGGUGGUGAGGCUGAGAGGUGCAGGGUGCCCCCCUGCCUGUCUGUCUCUACCCACGGCCCUCACCCUCCUCCUGGUCACUCUGGCUCUACAGUGGAGCAUGCUGUGAUCAAAUCAUAGUGCCCCCUACUGACCUGGCCCCAUCCACACACACAGUGGAGACUACACCCCUACACCACCUCCUAUGUACCCCAACCCUAAUGCACAGACUGGACUGGGGUAGAGGAAGGAGGAUGGGUGAAGAAAUGCGAAGAGGACGGAGAGAGAGGGAGGAUGGGGUGAAGAGAGAAGGAGAGAGAGAGAUGUGUGUGUGUGGGGGGGGCUCCUCACAGGCAGAUUGUUACAGUACUCAGCCUGCUGCUUCCUGUGUGUAUGCUGUGGACUAGUCUCCCUCCACAGCUCUCCUGCUCUCUGCUUUAACAAUGCACUCACAUUCUCUACCACUGGGACGGACUACCACGCUGUGGGACGGACUACCACGCGGUGGGACGGACUACCACGCGGUGGGACGGACUACCACGCACUGGGACGGACUACCACGCGGUGGGACGGACUACCACGCGGUGGGACGGACUACCACGCGGUGGGACGGACUACCACAUGGUGGGACGGACUACCACAUGGUGGGACGGACUACCACAUGGUGGGACGGACUACCACAUGGUGGGACGGACUACCACGUGGUGGGACGGACUACCACGCGGUGGGACGGACUACCACGCGGUGGGACAAACUACCACGCGGUGGGACGGACUACCACGCACUGGGACAGACUACCACGCGGUGGGACAGACUACCACGCGGUGGGACGGACUACCACGCGGUGGGACGGACUACCACGCGGUGGGACAGACUACCACGCGGUGGGACAGACUACCACGCGGUGGGACAGACUACCACGCGGUGGGACAGACUACCACGCGGUGGGACGGACUACCACGCGGUGGGACGGACUACCACGCGGUGGGACGGACUACCACGCACUGGGACGGACUACCACGCACUGGGACGGACUACCACGCGGUGGGACGGACUACCACGCACUGGGACGGACUACCACGCGGUGGGACGGACUACCACGCACUGGGACGGACUACCACGCGGUGGGACGGACUACCACGCGGUGGGACGGACUACCACAUGGUGGGACGGACUACCACAUGGUGGGACGGACUACCACAUGGUGGGACGGACUACCACGCACUGGGACGGACUACCACGCGGUGGGACGGACUACCACGCACUGGGACGGACUACCACGCGGUGGGACGGACUACCACGCACUGGGACGGACUACCACGCGGUGGGACGGACUACCACGCGGUGGGACGGACUACCACGCACUGGGACGGACUACCACAUGGUGGGACGGACUACCACGCACUGGGACGGACUACCACAUGGUGGGACGGACUACCACGCGGUGGGACGGACUACCACAUGGUGGGACGGACUACCACGCUGUGGGACGGACUACCACAUGGUGGGACGGACUACCACGCUGUGGGACGGACUACCACGCUGUGGGACGGACUACCACAUGGUGGGACGGACUACCACGCUGUGGGACGGACUACCACAUGGUGGGACGGACUACCACGCUGUGGGACGGACUACCACGCGGUGGGACGGACUACCACGCUGUGGGACGGACUACCACGCUGUGGGACGGACUACCACGCGGGACUUCUGGGCCUCAAUAUGCAAAACUUGCUCACAUACUCACGUGCACGCUUUCAAACACACACACACACACCUAAACUAACGCAUAUGCAGGCAAGCAUGCAUACACUUGCGCACGCACACACUUUUCAAUCUGCUGCUGGUUUUCUGUGUUGUCAGCUACAGUACUUACCUCUGUGGAUACUUUUCAUCUUUAGCCAAUCUUCUCCCGGGUUUCAACGCCAUUGGGCAGAGUUCUCUCGGCUGUUUAUAUGCUCUAAAGGAUUAACACAAAUAAGAAAUGCAUGCCGGAUGAAUAAUACAAUCCCUUUCCCACCAGGCCAGCGUAGCCGAUUGGACCCACUCUAAUUGAUUAAUCCUAAUCCACGUCACUUUGUAUUGCCUGUUGCUGCAGGAUUAUUUUCCUUCUGUGGCAAACUGACUCAGAUGAGGACCCCAUGUCUGAAUGCAACAGUAGAACGUAUCGAUCUCAUUGGUAGAGAAGGGCAGGGAACGCACACGCUCAUCAGACACGGCAUGCGUGUGUGGGUGGCCAUGUAGCGUGUAUAGACCGAUUGAUUUGUUUGAGUAGAUUUAGAUAUCGUUCUAUCGAGCUCUCCCAACAUCAGCCCUUUACCGAUAGAGUUGAAGGGACGAAACGUGCCUGAAAUAGAUUCUAUUUUUGUUUCUAUUUUCGUUUCCUGAAUAGCUUUGAUUGAACUGUGCUUGUCCCCGGAUUAAAUGCAACGCAAUGCAAUAGUAUCAGAGAUAUAUUUUGUAUCACGACUAUACCAAGAAUGUCCACGUGUCUUUUGGUACACCAACAUGCUUACGUGAAGUGUUGGCAACCUCCUUUCACCAGAAACCAUCGGUCAAAGCCUGUUUGUACAUUGUCGAUUCACUAUUGUUCGUCGUUCGUCCACUUUCGCCGUUGAUGUCUGCGUUUCGCUCUUUGAAUUGCACAUAUGCAUGUCUACCCUUCGUAGUUAUCAUUGUUUUGUUACGUUAGUAACUUGAGACCGUGUACUGUAUUACAUUGCAACAGUCUGUUACCUCUACGGGAAAAGAAAAAAAAAAAACAACAUUUCAUGCUACUCUGCACCUCUCUGUUUCAUCUCCCUCAUCUGUCUCUCUUUUCCAUAACCCAUUCAAUUGCUUUAGUUCUGUUUGGACAAGGUGAUCAAAAGAUGUAAACCAGCUUAUUCUACAGUUACCAUUUUAACCCAUAUUUAGGAUAACGACCGUUGGACAAUACAUUAUAUCACUCAUGCAGAAACAUACACAAUGCAGUUACAUACAUUUCUAUCGCUUUCUAUUUCAAACUUGUUGUUUGAAUUAAUAUUUUGAUUAAAGUCUGUUUUAUUUUUAAUUUUUUAAACAUUUUUAGAAGGGAAUGUUUCUUCGGUUGGUACCGUAGAGGUUUGUACACUUGGAAGUGAUUAAAACCAGCAGAAUGAAUGUCUCAAAAAACACAGAUGUUUAUACUGUUAAGGCCAGUCGGUUUCUGCUGACCACGGGAUCUGACGAGUAAAAAAAAACGAUGCUACAUUUAGCCUACACCUGGUUCAUGUUCAAUAGGAAAGUGAAAAUGAGACGUUAUCAUGACCUCUUUUUUUUUUUUUAACGUUUUUUUCCCCUUCUUGCUGCCUAAUGAACACAACCCUCGCCUCCUCUUUCUGCUGACAAGGCCGUGACCUAUAUUGGGCGAAAAGUACUUUACUGUGUCUCCAAAGUUGAAGUGGUGCAUCGCUUCCCGCGCGGCAUCUGUAUUGAACUGAGUUGGCCUCAUGCAAAGUUGGCCGACAGACAUUUUGUUUGCAGGCCACAUUCACAGCUGUACUGCCAACACAUCACCUGAUUCACUGUCCUCUCUGCUGCAUUUCCCAUCUACCAUUUCUUUAACUCGCAUCCAAUGCAUUCAGAUCACUUCCUAUAGCAUGUGUAUAAAUGUAUAUAUUUUAAGUCCCUCUCCAUUUUGUGGUUUCAUUUCCUUUCUUUUAUAUUGGAAACAUCACAGUGUAAGAAAUGUGGUGUUGUAAAGGUAUAUAUCACAUUUAUUCUACUAUAAUGCUGGACUGAAGAUUUCCCCCCCCAUCAGCAAGAUUACUAUCGUAAUGGCCAUUGAGUGUGAAUGCAGUGGACAUUUGCCUGACAACUGAUAUUGGCUCUUUCUCAAUUCAUCUUUCUCCUAUUCAUUGUAAAUCCUCUCGCCACGCCUCAUUCUCAAACCGCUUUGGAGAAGGAAGCGAGCGGAGGGACCUUGGACCUUCUCCAAUAGGGUUGAGAAGGUGGUGAGGAAUCCCGGGAAGGACUAGUUCAGAUCGAGCCGUUGUUCUCAUCCUAUGUGACUUAUUCCUUAUUAAAGGGCUCCCACUGUUA